CGUCUCCUCUCCUCUCCCCGUCAACUUGUAUCCUGCGCCCGCCAAGCUGCGGCCGCAGCGCAGCAGCGCAAACGCGAACCGGCCACCACCCCCACUCGCUGCCCCAUCUCCGAUCCGAACCCCGCGCCGCGGAAACCCCAAACCCCGAGCCACAAGCGACCCCCCUUCCUCCUCGUCGAAGCCUUCAUCGGCGUGGUCGCGCGGGGGCGGCGGCGGGAGUUCCACCCGGCCGUGGAGGAGGCGCCGGCGCGCGAGUUCGCCCAGAUCCGAGGCGGGUGAGCUUUAUUGGGGGGCCUCGUGUUGGAAUUACGUGGCAAUAUUUGUUAAGUCUGAAGUGGAGAACUUUUUUUAUGGGUCCGGCAAAAGGUUCUCGAAUGAUUAACAAGACCAUAAUAAAAGGAUAUGAGGAUCAACUGCAGCACGAGGAUCCAUCUAGUUCAAGCAAAGCUAAACAAAAAAAGAGGAAAAUUUCAGACUUAGAUCCCGAAUGGAGCAAGGAUGAACUUACACACUUUUAUGAAGCCUACCGUCGACACGGAAAAGACUGGAAAAAGAUCAGCUUAGUGGUGGGUGGUAAAUCAUCAGACAAGGUGCGAUCUCUUUACAGUAUGCAUCGGGAUGAAUCCACAAGUCAUAGAGUAGGUGAUCAAAUGGUUAGAGCAUCUGGGAAGUCACAGAAGUGCAGAGAGGCUACACAACAGAAAGCAAAUGAAGGGCCUCAUCCACACAAUUCCUGUCAUGAAGGGACGAUUUCUGGAUUUUCAUCUUCUUUCAAAAAAAGAUACUAUGGAGAACUGGUCAGGAACAGCCGAAAUCAUGCUGUUGGGAAGCGUACUCCUCUCAUACCAAUUAUAGUUCCUGCAGACAGGAAUACUACUGAUGAUGCGACGCCAGAAAUUGAAAGCGUCGUCAAUCCUACCAAGAGAAAGUAUGAAGAGAUGAAUAAUGAUUGCACUAACUUUCCAAAGAAUGAGUCCUCUCCGGAUGGAAGUUCUGGAAUAACAGAAGCAAAUAAGGCUGAUCAAGGUCAGACUUUCUUGGAGACCAAAGGAACUGGAGACACUACGAUAUGUCAGUCUCAGCCACGCUUGAAAACAAUAAGAAUUCAGCAAACUAUGGAUGAAGGUCAGACCGGUAAAGUUGAGCAUGAAACAAUGAUAGCGGCUAAAGAAGGGAAUAAGCUUGUUGAUUCACUCAACCAAUAUCAGAUACUUAGGGAGUUUAUUUCUGAAGAAGAUCUGUUGGUCUUAGAUGUAUUGCAGAGUCUGGUGGAUGCACCCUCUAAAAUGUCAAAACUCAAAAUUAAUAUUCCUUCAGGUUCACUUGGAAAAAACGACUCUGCAAUAUCUCACAGAAUGGGCGAAGGCCAUUCUACCAUUGACCUAAACCCUAAACAAGGGAAACCAGUUGGUAAAUCCAGUGCUUCCAAGACUAGGCAGAAAAGGCAGAAGAAAUUAUUAGAUGCAGAGGUGCCUGCUGGAGUGCAAAACAUGUCCGUUAAUAAAGUUCUGCCAGAAGCACAUAGGGUUGGCGUCACUGAGGAUUCCUCCUUGUGUUCUGACUCUGGAAGAGGGGUGCUACUGGAAUCAUCCGCAGAUAUUACCGCUGAAGUGUACCCCAAUGCACCAACAGAAAUCAAGCCUGAAAUCAGAAUGUCAAGGACCAAAAGAAAAUCCAAAAUUCAUUGCAAAACAAAGCAUGUGUCAUGCAAUGAAGGUUCAGAUAAUUUACAGGCAAGGAAAUUGCUGCACUGUUUGUCAUCUGAAUCGCUUCGUAGAUGGUGUGCAUAUGAGUGGUUCUACAGCGCAGUUGAUUAUCCAUGGUUUUUGAAUAAUGAGUUUGUGCACUACUUAAAUCAUGCAAAUUUUAGUCACCUGUCGAGGCUGACUAGAUCUGAGUGGAGCACAAUUCGAAGUUCUCUUGGCAAACCCCGGCGAUUUUCUGAUCAUUUUCUUGCUGUGGAAAAAGAAAAACUUGAGGAUUAUCGGGAGAAAGUUAGGAAAAUCUAUGCUCAACUAAGUGAUGGUUCGCGGGAUUCUCUACCAGCUGACCUAGCUAGGCCAUUUUCAAUUGGUCAGCAGGUCAUUGUUCGUCAUCCAAGGUCUAGAGAACUUUGUGAUGGCAAAGUAGUGAUGAUGGGGCGGGCUUUUUACAAGGUCCAUUUUGGUAACCCUGACCUUGGUGUUGCUCUAGUAAAGGACACUGAUUGUAUGCCGGUUAAUUGGUGGUAUAAUUGUCCUGACAACAUGAAAACGAGCUACCUUUUGAGUAAUACGUACAGCACACUGGACAUGGAGCACAUUCCUGAGCUUACAACAAGUGAGAACUGGGACCAUACUGUGAAUGGAGUUACCGUACCUGUGCCCAAAAGUCUGCGCUUAACAUCAGAUAAAAAGCUUAAGGUUCUCUCUAUAGUUGAGUCCGCAGUAAACAGUGAAAGGCCACCAUGCAGGAGUACAUCUGAUGGCACAGUAAAAUUCAGAGGUCGCCCAGACAACAAUGUUGGUAACAAUGAUGGGCUAGAGUCAUAUAUAUCUGCAUUUGUCCAACGAUCGUUAUCACAAGCCAGGCAGAUGGUUGACGAAGUCAUGAAGGCAAACUCUGAAGGUAGCGAGGAUGAAGAGGUAAGCACAUUGAAUCAAGCAACAGAUUGUAUAGGCCCGGAAUCUGAAGCUGCUGUUCGUGAUGCCCAACUUCCAUUCAACCUGAUAUCAAACUGCAUCGCGACGGUUCUUUCAAUCAAGCGCCUUAGCGACUCGCGGCAUCCACCUGCUAACAUAGCAGGUGUCCUGGAGCGUGCUUCCUCGAUGCUGCGCCCAAGCUGUCCAGGGAACCUCACAAUCUACAAAGACAUAGAGAGUUAUCUCUCUGUCAUAGCGAACCAGAUACUUGCGCUUGUGCCAACAACAUUGAGCAAUGGUCCUGCCGUGUCGCCCCUGUAAAGGCCCCCAGGCUUGAUCGAUAGAUUUUCCACCGGCUUCUUCCAUGCUCAGCAGUUGAACACGCUUCUUCCUCUGCUGUCAGUUCUUAACGCACACAUUUUGCCGCCAUCUGACUGCCUUGAAUGAUGUUAUGGAGAAGUCCUGUCGAAUGGCAGCAAAGCAUAGCAUAUGGAGGAAAGCUAAAACUCUGAUGUUCCCACAUGAGCUUGGAUAUGCGGCUUGGGAUCAUUGACUGUGUAGCUCCCUUGUAACCUGUGUAUAUACUUUCAUGAAUAGGUUAUAGAUCCUUCAGUUUUUGUAGUCUUGUACUUGUCAAAUACAGAUCCAGGAUAGCGGAGAUCUGAUAUUGUAGUGAAUAAUGUGAUGUGAUGUCUACAAUCAUGAUUCUUGAAUAUAAUGCGAUAUGCUGCGCUACGUAGUUUGCGUUUUC